CUCCGUACUUUCCAGAAGCAAACCAGUAAAGCAAGAAGAACCCAGAAGUGCAAAACGAGGCGUAAAUAGUCGGAAACUGCAGGGACCAAAACGAAAACCAACAGCGCCGGAGAGCAGACAUGGCCGCCGCGGCAGCCCGUGGGCCCCACCUCGCCGGCGUCGGCCGCGCGCUCCUCCUCCUCGCGGCCGCUGCCCACUUCCUCCCAGCAGCGGAGUCAUCCUGCCCGCGAGACAACUCACUGGUGAGAGACAUAAGCCGGAUGCACCAAAGCAACUAUGGGAGGGAAGGAUUCUCGCAUAUAACGGUCGCCGGCGCGCUAGCUCACGGGAUGAAGGAGGUGGAAGUGUGGCUUCAGACAUUUGGUCCGGGCAAAAGGACACCCAUCCACAGGCACUCCUGUGAGGAGAUUUUCGUUGUUCUUAAAGGGAAAGGCACUCUCUUUCUGGGGUCGAGCUCGCUGAAGUACCCAGGGCAGCCACAGGAGAUUCCUGUAUUUCAGAAUAGCACAUUUACAAUCCCUGUAAAUGAUCCCCACCAGGUUUGGAAUUCUGAUGAGCACGAAGAUUUGCAGGUUCUUGUGAUCAUAUCACGUCCACCUAUCAAGAUAUUCAUUUAUGAUGAUUGGAGUGUGCCUCAUACAGCCGCGAAGCUGAAGUUCCCCUACUACUGGGAUGAAGAAUGCUUACCGGCGCCUAAAGAUGAACUCUAGGUUUAAGUGUUUGCUACAGUAUAUCAGCUUUCUUCACAAUCCUGCUGGAUUACGAUUGACAUCUACUAGUUGUAUAAUAUAAUAGUUCUGUGUUGUGACUCAGGAACAUAUGCAUUUUUGCCAUGGUUUAUGAACUUAAGCACUUCAGAAGUAGAGCCAAUAUUCAUCUUGUCCACCA